AUGGGACAAAAAAUAAAUCCACUUGGUUUCAGACUUGGUACAACCCAAAGUCAUUAUUCUCUUUGGUUUUCACAACCAAAAAACUAUUCGGAAGGUCUACAAGAAGAUCAAAAAAUAAGGGAUUGUAUCAAAAAUUAUGUACAAAAAAAUACAAAAACAUCCUCAGGUGUCGAAGGAAUUGCACGUAUCGAAAUUCAAAAAAGAAUAGAUCUGAUACAGGUAAUAAUUCAUAUGGGAUUUCCAAAGUUAUUAAUAGAAAAUAGACCACAAGGGGUCGAAGACCUAAAACUAAAUGUACAAAAAGAAUUGAAUUGUGUGAACCGAAAACUCAACAUUGCUAUUACAAGAAUUGCAAAACCUUAUGGGCACCCUACUAUUCUUGCCGAAUUUAUAGCCGGACAACUAAAGAGUAGGGUAUCAUUUCGAAAAGCAAUGAAAAAAGCUAUCGAAUUAACCGAACAAGCUGAUACAAAAGGAAUUCAAAUCCAAAUUGCAGGCCGUAUCGAUGGAAAAGAAAUUGCACGUAUCGAAUGGAUAAGAGAGGGUAGGGUUCCCCUACAAACCAUUCGCGCGAAAAUUGAUUAUUGUGCCUAUACGGUUCGAACUAUCUAUGGGGUAUUGGGUAUUAAAAUUUGGAUAUUUAUAGACGAGGAAUAA